AUGCCUAAAAUUGAUCCAGAAACGCAAGCUCUCUAUGAUGAGAUAAAUGGCAUGAUACAAAAGUUCAAAGAUGAUCAAAAAGCCAAGGCGGACUGCACGCUGGCGGACAAAUGCGGCGACAUGGGCGACGUAUCCAAAAUACGCUUCUCAUCGAAGAAGAUUCUUAAGGGACACAUUAACAAGGUCAACUCGGUGCACUUUGCGGGCGAUUCGCGCCAUUGUGUGACGGGCUCACUGGACGGCAAGCUCAUCAUCUGGGACACCUGGACUGCAAACAAGGUGCAGAUUAUUCCAUUACGCUCGGCCUGGGUAAUGACUGUGGCCUUCUCACCAUCUGGCAAUUUUGUGGCUUGCGGCGGCAUGGAUAACCAAUGUACUGUCUAUGAUGUUAACAAUCGGGAUGCCUCCGGAGUGGCCAAGAUGGUGCGCGAGCUGCUGGGCUACGAGGGAUUCUUGAGCUCGUGUCGUUUUCUAGAUGAUGGCCAUUUGAUUACAGGCUCGGGUGAUAUGAAAAUCUGUCAUUGGGAUUUGGAAAAAGGUGUGAAGACCAUGGAUUUUAAUGGACAUGCUGGUGAUAUAGCGGGUCUGUCCUUAUCGCCCGAUAUGAAGACUUAUAUAACCGGCUCAGUGGACAAAACUGCGAAGCUAUGGGAUGUGCGCGAGCAAGGACACAAGCAAAUGUUCUUUGGCCAUGAAAUGGACGUGUCCUCCGUUUGCUAUCAUCCAAGCGGCAAUGGCUUUGCCUCCUGCUCGGAGGAUCAGACUGCACGCAUGUACGACUUGCGUUCGGAUCAACAAAUUGGACUCUAUGAGCCGCCCCAGAAAAACACGGGCUUCACUUCAUGUGCUUUAUCGACUAGCGGACGCUACAUAAUGUGCGGCGGCGUUGAGGGCAACGUGCACUCCUGGGAUGCGAUGAAGCAGAAGCAUACAGGCACGCUGUCUGGUCACGAGAAUCGCAUUACUUGCAUCAGCCUCUGCCCCAAUGGCAUGUGUAUGGCCUCGACCAGUUGGGAUCAACAGGUGCGCCUCUGGCUUUAAAUUUCUCCACACUCAGAGUUCAAUGUCGCGUAUAAUAACAAAAGCGCUCUAAUCAAAUUUAGCACUAGCUUGAUUAUAACUUAAUUAAAUGCACUACCAAAAAAAAGGAAAAAUAAAGCAGCCAAAAUUAUGUCUGUUA